ACCUUGUCCCCUCUCUACACCAAAUGAUAAGACUCAAACCAUUCGAUAGCAUUGGUAUUGAACAUGGGCAACCUGAAGUCUUGGAGAUAAGCCAUGCUAGUUCAUGUUUAGGGGUCUUUUGGAGAGAUAUGGCUAUCACAUAUUCGGCAUGGCACAAGCUGCCGAUGAUACCUGAUUCUGUAUUUCAGUGAACGCGAACCCCCUGCAUUCUUCUUGGGGUCUUGUCAAUUCACAAAUCAACACAUCCAAGGUCAAGCAAUUCUGUGCGCUGCGCAUCGAAAAUCAUGGGCGAGACCGAUAGAAUUGAGGCAACUUCCGUAUCUCGCGAUGACGGGACAGAUGUGGAGACAGCGACAAAAGGGGAGGUUGCCGAUGAAGGUUAUGAGCUCUUCGAUGAAGCUAGCCCUCAAGCUGUCUCUCAAGAAGCUAAAGAUGCUGUCCGGAGAAAGAUCGAUCUUCACCUUCUCCCCUUGAUGUGCGCCCUCUACGGGCUAAACUAUGUUGACAAGGUCGCUCUUGGUUGGGCUGUCCUUUUCAACUUCCGACAAGAUCUUGGAUUGGUUGGAACCGAGUACUCGUGGGCGAGUUCUAUGUUCUACUUCGGCUACUUGAUUGCCCAGUAUCCUGCGAACUACAUUCUUCAACGAUACAAGACCGCGAGAAUUCUAAGUUUAUCUGUCAUCACCUGGGGGGUAUUGAUGCUUGCCCACCUUGGACUACGAAACUUCGCUGGCUUGAUGGUCAUCCGUUUCCUUCUUGGUGUCGCUGAAAGUGUUGUUACACCCGGAUUUGUCCUUUACACAUCCAUGUUCUACACGCGACGAGAACAAGUCAUGAGAACUAUGCUCUGGGGCGCGAUGCAGGGAGCCUUUUCCAUCGUCUCUAGUCUGUUGUCGUACGGUCUAGGUCACAUCACGAACACAGCACUAAAGCCAUGGAUGUACAUCUUCUUAGUUCUCGGCCUCCUCAGUCUUAUCGUGGGCUUUGCUUGGUUGUUCUUCAUGCCUGAAACCCCGAACAAGGCCAGGUUUCUCUCGCAUGAAGAGCAGAUCAUCGCCGUCCAGAGGGUUGCUGAGAACAUGAUGGGAAUUAAGGGAUACCAGUGGAAGAACUACCAGAUGUGGCACACAAUCAAGGACGUGAAAACCUGGCUGGUACUCGCAUUCGUCCUCCUCACCCAACUACCCAAUGGCGGAUUGACGAGCUUCGGCUCUUUGGUUAUAUCAGGGUUUGGGUUCGAUUCAUUUAGGACGCUGUUGAUCGGUCUUCCAUCAUCUGUCGUUAGUGCCGGAAGCAUGGUUGUUUGGGGUUUCCUAUCUAUCAAAUAUGGCAACCUGCGAACUUGGGGCAUGAUAGUCCCGCUGCUCCCGGCCAUUGCUGGUAUUGCCGCAGUCUAUGGCACGAUUGGUACCGAUGCCAAUAAAUACGGUCGGGUUGUCGCUUACUGGCUUAUAAACUCCUACGCCGUCACGUGGCCAUUCUGCCUUACGAUUGUCGGACAGAAUAUCGCCGGGCAUACCAAACGGGCGUUUACGAAUACGCUUCUCUUUAUCGUAUUCGCCGCUGGAAACAUCGCUGGGCCGUUCUUCUUCCGCGAACAAGAUGCGCCGAAGUAUGUGUUGGCCAUCACGACCAUUCUCGUGUUCUUCUGCGCUGCACUCCUCUGCGCCAUCGCUCUUCGUUACUAUAUGCUUAUGCAGAACAAAUUACGAGAUCGUCAAUUCGGGGCGCUCGCGACGACCGAGGAGAAGCUAGAAGGCAUGAGAUUGGGCAUGCAUGACAAGACGGAUCUUGAGAACUCGGACUUCAGAUACGUUCUAUAGAUAGCCUGCGCCUCACACUAAUUAAGCAAUUUUACGAGUUACAACCAACACUUUUUGGUUCAAGCGAAUCAACGCAGGCCUCAGUGAAGUGAGGGAGAAGUGUUGUGUAACUUGCAAAACAAAGGGACAUAACCGUCCGCGCCCUGCCAUCAAUUCUCUAUUACUAAUUGUUCUCCCUCCAUUUAAAUGACCUUUUACUUCCUGCUCCGUCUAUUUUCCACUUAGAUUCGCUUAGUUCCAAGUCCCGCUGUGUCUUGAGUCCGCUAUGCAUUCUUUCGACGCACUACAUACGUCUACGGCGUAUGCCAUUUGCCUCGCGAUUCUCUGGGUAAGUAACUUGUAAUUCAAACUAUAUCCUAUGUA